AUGUGGCCCAAGAGCACAAGGCCAUCCAUUGAGCCACCUGAAAUCACUCCUAUGCCAGGAAGACCAAGGAAAAAAAGGUCUAAAGAUAGUGAUGAGCCUAGUAAGAAGAAGUUUGGAAAGGCUACAAGGAAGGGGAGAAAAAUGAAAUGCUCUUUGUGCAGGAAUUUUGGACAUAACAAGAAAAGAUGUCCAAUUGCUAAAAAUGGCUAUACUACUGGAACUGCAAGAACUACUACAGGUGGAAGUGGUGGUGCAACUACUUCAACUGCUUCUACAGGCGUAACUGGUGGGGCUACUGGUGGUGCCACUGGUGAAAGUGGUGAUGCAACUACUUCAGCAGCUUCUACAGGUGUAAUUGCUGUUGGAACUUCUGGAGGUGCAACUACUGGUGGAAAUGGUGGUGCAACUAUUUCAUCAGCUUCUAUAGGUGUAACUACUGGUGGAAGUGGUGGUGCAACUACUAAAAGACCAGCCACUACUUCAGCAGCUUCUGGAGGUGCAACUACUGGUGGAAAUGGUGUGGUGGUGCAACUACUAAAAGACCAGCCACUACUUCAGCAGCUUCUGGAGGUGCAACUACUGCUGCAAUAA